AUGCAACAUAUACAGAACUACGUACUCGGUGAAUGGACCAAAGGCGAAGGCGAAGAACUUAUUGCCAAAGAUGCCAUCACCGGUGAAGAUAUUGGUAUAGUGUCCAGUGCCGGGCUGGAUUAUGAAGCCAUCCUUCAAUACGGUCGCGAAAAAGGAGGGAAGACCCUCCGCAAAAUGACCUUUCAGGAAAGAGGGCGUAUGCUUAAAGCCCUGGCCCUGCACUUAAUUGAAGUGAAAGGUCAGUUUUACGAAACCAGCUUCCGUACCGGGGCUACUAAAAUUGAUAGCUGGGUAGAUAUUGAAGGCGGUAUCGGUAACCUCUUUGCCAAUGCUUCCCUGCGCAGGCAAUUUCCAGACCUGCCGUAUCAUGUGGAUGGUCAGCCCGCAGCCCUUUCCAAAGAAGGAACCUUUAUCGGUCACCAUAUUAUGGUGCCUAAACGGGGAGUAGCCGUGCACAUAAACGCUUUUAACUUCCCGGUAUGGGGAAUGCUGGAAAAGAUUGCUGUAAACCUGAUGGCCGGAGUUCCGGCUGUGGUAAAGCCUUCGGAAUACACCUCCUUUUUAACCGAGCAUAUGGUGAAGGCCAUCAUCGAUUCCAAAAUAUUACCGGAAGGUUCCCUGCAAUUGGUUUCCGGUUUAGGGCGUGGUAUAAUUGAUCACGUUCAAACGGGUGAUACCGUAACCUUUACCGGCUCAGCCGCUACGGGUAAAAAGCUACAAGCCCUGCCUCAUAUCAUUGACCGCUCGGUAACUUUUAACCUGGAAGCCGAUUCGCUGAACGCUUCAGUUUUGGGUCCUGAUGUGGAGCCCGGUAUGCCUGAGUUUGACAUUUUUGUGAAGGAAGUGCAACGCGAGAUCACCACCAAGGCCGGACAAAAAUGUACGGCUGUGCGCAGGAUAUUGGUUCCUGAAAACAGGAUGGAUGCGGUGCAGGAAGCGCUUACCGAGAGACUAAAGAAAACCGUGAUCGGUGAUCCGCGUAAUAAAGAAGUACGCAUGGGUGCCUUAGCGUCUAAAAUACAGGUGGAGCGCCUUAUUGAAAAUGUAGAGCGCCUUAAAAAACAACAGGAAGUGGUGUACGGAGAUCUCCGUGAUUACGACCUGGCGGGGGGCGAUAAGGAAAAAGGAGCCUUUGCUGCUCCGGUGCUUUUCCGGAAUAACGAUCCUUUUAAAAAUACCGAUGUGCACGAGGUAGAAUGCUUUGGCCCGGUGUCCAGUCUUCUUCCCUACAAAGACCUGGAUGAAGCGGUUGAACUGGCCAAUAUGGGUAAAGGAUCAUUGGUUUCAUCCAUCAUUACCGCUGAUGAUAAAAUUGGGCGUGCGUUUGCGGUAGAGGCGGCUCAUAUGCACGGUCGUAUUUUAGUGCUGAAUGCCAAAUCGGCUAAAGAGAGUACCGGUCAUGGUUCGCCUAUGCCAUUACUUACCCAUGGUGGUCCCGGCCGCGCGGGAGGCGGUGAGGAAAUGGGCGGAAAGCGCGGUAUACUGCAUUACCUGCAGCGCACCGCUAUCCAAGGACACCCGGAUAGCAUUACCGAGAUUACCCAGGUCUACCAGCCCGGAGCUUCCCGCCCGGAAGUGGAAAAACACCUUUUCCGUCACCAUUUCGAGGAACUUAAAGUGGGAGAUACCGUAUACACCCACCGUCAUACCGUUACCGAUGCAGAUAUUGCCAGUUUUGCGCAGGUGAGUGGUGACAAUUUUUAUGCUCAUGUGGAUGAAACUUCCCUGGAAGGAACCAUCUUUGAAGGUAAGGUAGCCCACGGUUACUACAUACUUUCUAAGGCAGCCGGUAUGUUUGUAGAUCCCCGCAAGGGUCCCGUAUUGCUCAACUACGGUAUUGAUGAAUGCCGUUUUACCAAACCCGUUUAUCCGGGUAUGACCAUUGGCGUGAAGUUUACCGUAAAGGAGAAGAUAGACCAAGAAAAAAAGAGCGAGGAGGAUAUAGCCAAGGGCAUCGUAAAAUUCAAUGUAGAUGUAUACGAUGGGGAAGGCGAAACCGUGGCUCUGGCCACUAUCCUUACCAUGGUUAAGAAAUUGGAUCAAACCCAUUGA